AGGAGAGGGAGCUCCAGAUCUACGAUAUACUCUCAUAUUCCAUUACCUCUACUGAUAGCCAAACCAAUACUGAAACGGUUAUCUGCUAUAUGUGGAUGGGUGUCUUUUGACACGGCCAGAGCACUGAGAGAUAUUAGCGCUGCACAGUCUGUUGGCACUCUACAAAUAACCAAUAAUAAUAAUAUUGGGUAUUGAUGUAACUGGAGUGAAUAAGGGAACCUUCUUCCUGAACACAGACAUUGGAGCCUGUUAUCAGCAUGAACUCCUAUGUGUUAGACAAACACAUGAAUAGUUCAUAUCAACCCUUCACUACAGCAAGCAUCAGAAUGAUACCACAGACUCCAAAAUGUUUAGACACUAAUGAUUAUUCACAAACAUUGGGGAAAUCACAGCAGAUAUUUAAAGAAGAUGGUGAAUUGGCAGGAACUGGGCAGCAAUCAUUAUGUACAGAGAGUAAUUUAGUCAUCAAACAAGAGGACAAGAAUUAUGCCUUAUCUAGUGAAAUUAUUAUCCCUGAGGAUAAGCCACAAACAUUUACUGAGUUUUUAAAACAUUUUGAAGAAGAGAAAAGUCUACAGUCUAGCCAAAUGAUUCAUACAAAGGAGAAACAUUUCAAAUGUACAGAAUGUGAGAAAAGCUUUAGAUAUAAGUCUCAUCUCCUAGAACACCACAGCAUUCACACAGGUGAGAAGCCAAACACAUAUACUGAGGGUGUCAAAUGUUUUAUACAAAUGACAAAACGUCUAGCUCAUGAAAGGACCCACAUUGGGGAGAAAUCAUUUAGCUGUACAGAGUGUGGAAAAAGUUUUACACAAAAGAGUGAUCUGAAAAAGCAUGAAAGGAUUCACACAGGAGAAAAGCCAUUCACAUGUACAGAGUGUGGAAAAUGUUUUACAGAAAAGAGUUCUCUGAGAAAACAUGAAAGGAUUCACACAGGAGAAAAGCCUUUCACAUGUGCAGAGUGUGGAAAAAGUUUUACAGAAAAGAGAAAUCUCAAAAAGCAUGAAAGGAUUCACACAGGAGAAAAGCCUUUCACAUGUACAGAGUGUGGAAAAGGUUUUACAGAAAAGAGUAGUCUGAGAAAACAUGAAAGGAUUCACACAGGAGAAAAGCCUUUCACAUGUGCAGAGUGUGGAAAAAGUUUUACACGUAUGUGUAAUCUUAAAAGGCAUGAACAGAGUCACACAGGAGAAAAGCCUUUCACAUGUACAGAGUGUGGAAUAAGUUUUACACAAAUAAGUAGUCUGACAAAUCAUGAAAGGAUUCACACAGGAGAAAAGCCUUUCACAUGUACAGAGUGUGGAAUAAGUUUUACACAAAUAAGUAGUCUGACAAAUCAUGAAAGGAUUCACACAGGAGGAAAGCCUUUCACAUGUACAGAGUGUGGAAAAAGUUUUACAGAAAAGAGUGAUCUGAAAAGGCAUGAAAGGAUUCACACAGGGGAAAAGCCAUUCACAUGUACAGAGUGUGGAAUAAGUUUUACACAAAUAAGUAGUCUGACAAAUCAUGAAAGGAUUCACACAGGAGAAAAGCCUUUUACAUGUACAGAGUGUGGAAUAAGUUUUACACAAAUAAGUAGUCUGACAAAUCAUGAAAGGAUUCACACAGGGGAAAAGCCUUUUACAUGUACAGAGUGUGGAAUAAGUUUUACACAAAUAAGUAGUCUGACAAAUCAUGAAAGGAUUCACACAGGAGAAAAGCUUUUCACAUGUACAGAGUGUGGAAAAGGUUUUACAGAUAAGGGUAAUCUGAGAAAACAUGAAAUGAUUCACACAGGAGAAAAGCCUUUCAUAUGUACAGAGUGUGGAAAAUGUUUUACAGAAAAGAGUGAUCUGAAAAGGCAUGAAAGGAUUCACACAGGGGAAAAGCCUUUUACAUGUACAGAGUGUGGAAUAAGUUUUACACGGAAGAGUGAUCUGAAAAAUCAUGAAAGAAGUCACACAGGAGAAAAGCCUUUUACAUGUACAGAGUGUGGAAAAAGUUUUACAGAUAAGGGUAAUCUGAGAAAACAUGAAAGAAGUCACACAGGAGAAAAGCCUUUUGCAUGUACAGAGUGUGGAAAAAGUUUUACAUGGAAGAGUGAUCUGAAAAAUCAUGAAAGAAGUCACACAGGAGAAAAGCCUUUCACAUGUACAGAGUGUGGAAAAAGUUUUACAGAAAAGAGAAAUCUCAAAAAGCAUGAAAGGAGUCACACAGGAGAAAAGUCUUUCACAUGUACAGAGUGUGGAAAAGGUUUUACAGAAAAGAGUAGUCUUAGAAAACAUGAAAGGAUUCACACAGGAGAAAAGCCUUUCACAUGUACAGAGUGUGGAAUAAGUUUUACACAAAUGUGUAAUCUGAAAAGGCAUGAACAGAGUCACACAGGAGAAAAGCCUUUCACAUGUACAGAGUGUCUAAUAAGUUUUGCACAAAUAAGUAGUCUGACAAAUCAUGAAAGGAUUCACACAGGAGAAAAGCCUUUCACAUGUACAGAGUGUGGAAUAAGUUUUACACAAAUAAGUAGUCUGACAAAUCAUGAAAGGAUUCACACAGGAGAAAAGCCUUUCACAUGUACACAGUGUGGAAAAAGUUUUACAGAAAAGAGUAGUCUGAGAAAACAUGAAAGGAUUCACACAGGGGAGAAGCCUUUCACAUGUACAGAGUGUGGAAAUAGCUUUACACAAAUGAGUAAUCUGAGAAAACAUGAAAGGAUUCACAAGGGAAGAAACCUUCCACACGUUUAGAAAGUGGAAAAAGGUUUUUAUUUAAUCAGGUAUCACAAAACACCAAAUAUUUAUACAUAAAUAAACUUUAUUUGCACAGUGUACAAACGUUUUUACAAUUAUCCUAAAGAGGACAAACUCUCUAAAUAGAAGCAUCAAAAGAGAUGUUAUUGUAAUAAUACUUUCUAAAUCCUAGUUAUAGAAGCCUCGGAUUGGAAGUGCUCUCCUGCUGUCCUUUGUGCCUCUAUAUAUGUGCACUUCAGUUUCUCUCAUAUAAAUGUGAUAGAAUCCAAAAACGACACAGGAAUAUACAAAUCUGCCCUCAUACUGACCAGUUUAGACAACUAUUCAUUACCAAAACACCCCCAGUGUUGUUUAUUAAUAUGACAGUGUUAGGAGUUGUACAUUUGAU